GUGUCUGAGAUCCGGGCUCGCAAUGUUGGGGAACUUCACUUGUUACAUUACAUCUUCAAAUAUUUAUUUUAUGGUAAAAAACCUGAGGAAAAUUGUAGAGAUAUUCUUUGGAUAAUCAGAUGUGCUGGAUGAUUCACAGUUUUUGGGUCUGAUGGGGGCGUUGUAUAGUUGUUGCUGGCGGAGUUACUGUAAUCUCGAUGAGAACCUAGAUGAUAAGACCGCUGUAUUACGAUAUGAUACUUCCAAAAUGCAGAGCACCAGGACUCAGAACUCCUCCAGGACUCAGACCUCCAGAGCCAGUAUGUCCAGCCACAGUGACCCAAGCCAGGGUCAGGAGGGCCUGUCCUGGAGGACAGAGGAGCAGGAGUGGGUCCCCUGGAGCAGCCCCAGGACCCCCAUGGGCGAUGCAGAGUCAGACGGAGAGCUCCAAGCCUUUAUCACGAUGAGGAACGAGGCAGACACGUACACAGAGGAGUGGGAGAAGCUCAACUAUGACAUCCAUAGUCUGAGGUACACCAAACGAGAGAUCAGCAGCCGAUGGAAGAAGAUUCUAACACAGCUAGGCUACCAGCAUGAGGUUGACUCUCUCCUGACGGUGAACAGACAGCUGUUACAGACAACUCUGAGUGAAUCUGAUAACCUGAACAGAGCCAGACAACUGUUACAGACCACUCUGGACCACUCUAGUUUGUUCCCACGAGGAGUGGCUAGCACAGACAGAUACCUCUUUGUUAUGGAUCGCUUGGUGCUCCUGGAUAGUGCAGAGGAUUUCAUCCGACUGGCGAAGGAGAAAUACCCAAAGAGAGAGAGGUGUGGAAUGAAGAGAAAGAAAAAAAAAAGAUAGAAUGAGAGGGAAUGGUUUGUGCUCCUCCUGCCGGCACUAGAAGGAAUGUGAAGAUCGCAGACGUCCCUUAGACACUUUAACUGAUUCUAACUGACCUUUUAUAUUAGAACGUCUAAUGUGCCUACAAAAGUCCUUUCUAUACAAGUUGUUGUAUGUGUUAUAGUUUCAGUAUUGUUAUGGCAACAACAACAAACAUUGUAGAAUUGUCUGUAAUAUUUAACCGUUGUAUCAGUCUGAAAGGAUACUUCUUGAUACAGCGUUUCUUAACAAGAACUAAACAUUUAAUUGAUUAACUAAA